AUGUCUCUCAUAAACAUUUUGAAUGAGUCGUGUAUUACUGUCUUAUCAAGCUCUAAAAAGGCUCAUUUUUGUACUAUUGAAAAGAUACGCGCUCUGCUCGAACUAACGGCAUUCCUCUGUGCUGCAAUUGUCGCUGUAAUGUUCUGUUGGGAACACGGAGAUUUCAAUUCACCUGAAUUUAUGCUGGAAACAGAUUAUAUACAUUGGACGACCGCGCUUCCAGCAAUUUCAGCCUGUGAAUUCCCAAACACGACAGUUUUUGCUGCC